ACCCAAGAAAGUGCUUUUUAGCUCUCAAUCUCUUCCUCAAACAAUGAAACACUAGUUUUUUCACUUCUAGUACCUUUCAAAUUAUUCUGUACUUUUCUGUUUUUGGCUUGAUUCAUGAUUACGUCCUUCAAAAUUUAUAAAAACAUCUUUUGAUAUAAUUAUCUCCCUUUUGCCCCUUUUGUUCAUUCCUUGGCUUAGUAAUUAUUGAUUUCUCUCCUGGGAUUGUAUUGUUUUUGAGCAAAAGGUUCCUUUACAGUUUUUGUACUUGUAGAAUACGUCUUCUUCCGCAGUUGUGUUAAAGUUUGCUGCUUCUUUUCUGCAGCAUUCCAGCUUCACAGUCUUCCUGUGUGUUUUGGGUUUGAGGAUUGAGUUGAUGUAGUAAUUUUAGUAGGAAAUGGGUCCACAGUGGUGGGAAAAGCUGAUUCUUUUGUAUCCUCCAAUGACGCCGGGAAAUUUAACAGAAGGAUCUUUGAGUCGGGUUUUCAAGGAGAUUUCCAAAUUCGUGAGUUUUAUGUAGAUCAAGGGAAUAUAGUUUCAUGCAUUGCAGGUGUUUGAUGAUUUUCCAAUCCGCCGCCCUCUUGGAAUGAAUAAGUUCAGGGCUAAUUUUUUGGAGAAAAACUUGAAUAUUGGUCAAGUUCUUAGAGGUUUGAUUGCAGAUAAGAGUGUUAUUAGUUGUGAUGAACAUACAUUUGCUAGUGUUUUAAGGGCUUGCACUGCAACCAAACUUGAGCAAGAUGGAAUCGAACAACUUCAUGCCAAGAUGAUCCAGUUUGGUCUCUGUUCAAGUUUACUUACAUGUAAUCCUCUGAUCGACUUGUACUCGAAGAACGGGUUCAUUAAUUCUGCAAAGAAAAUCUUUUAUGGUAUGCCUCUUAGGGAUAGUGUUUCUUGGGUGGCAAUGAUAUCCGGUUUCUCACGCAAUGGACUUGAGGAAUGCAGUAUCCGUCUUUAUAACGAGAUGCGACGGUUUGGAGUCAGGCCAACUCCAUAUAUUUACUCUAGUGUUUUAAGUUCUUGCUCAAAAGGUAAGUUAUAUGAGCUGGGAUUGCAGCUUCAUGGUGUUAUCUACAAGUGGGGAUAUUCGUUCGAGAUUUAUGUAUGUAAUGCUCUUGUAACCUUGUAUUCUGGUUUUGGUGACCUAGUGAACGCAGAACAAAUUUUCAGCGAAAUGCAGAUGAGAGAUGGAGCUUCUUAUAAUUCACUGAUAUCCGGACUUGCACUACAAGGAUAUGGUGAGAGAUCACUCGAGUUAUUCAAAAGAAUGCACAUUGAUUCAUUGAAGCCUGAUUGUGUAACAAUUGCUAGUCUUCUAAGCGUUUGCGCGUCUAUUGGAGCACUUCGGAAGGGUAUACAAUUGCACACCUAUGCGAAUAAGGCUGGAAUGUGUGAAGAUACUAUCAUUGAAGGCUCUCUGCUUGACCUUUAUGUGAAAUGUUCCGAUCUAGAAGCAGCUCGUAAAGUUUUCCUCGCGACUGGAGGAAAAGAAAAUGUGGUUCUUUGGAAUAUGAUGCUUGUGGCUUAUGGGCAGAGAGGUAAUCUGCAUGAGUCGCUGCAGAUAUUUCAAUGCAUGCAGAUUAAAGGUCUGCAGCCUAAUCAAUAUACUUAUCCAAGUAUCCUGAGGACCUGUACUCUUGUUGGAGCUCUUGACUUGGGAGAGCAAAUACAUGGGCAAGUCAUAAAAACUGGCUUUCAACUAAAUGUUUAUGUUUGCAGUGUGCUUAUUCUUAUGUAUGCGAAACAUGGAAAUUUGGAUACAGCGCUGCAAAUUCUCAGUCGCCUUACUGAGAGAGAUGUUGUGUCUUGGACCGCAAUGAUUGCUGGAUUUACCCAGCAUGACCGUUUCUUAGAUGCCAUAAAGCUUUUUAUCAAAAUGCAGGACCAAGGGAUUCGAUCAGAUAAUAUAGGAUUUGCAAGUGUUAUCACUGCAUGUGCUGGAAUUCAAGUUCUCAAUCAAGGACGACAAAUUCAUGCUCAAUCAAUCACAUCUGGCUGCUCAUUAGAUCUCUCAGUUAACAAUGCACUGGUAAGUCUUUAUGCUAGGUGUGGAGAAGUAAAGGAUGCGUACUCAGUUUUUGAGAAAAAUAGUUAUAAAGAUAACAUUUCAUGGAAUGCACUAAUAUCAGGGUUUUCCCAGAGUGGAAACUGGGAGGAAGCAUUAAAAGUUUUCUCUCUGAUGAAGCAAGCUGGAGUUGAAUCUGAUAUGUUUACGUAUGGGUCAGUAAUCAGUGCAACUGCUAAUACAACAAAUAUAAAGCAAGGGAAACAGGUCCAUGCAGAAAUCAUAAAAACAGGUUAUAAUACCGAAGCAGAAGCUUCAAAUGCAUUGAUCACAUUAUAUGCUAAGUGUGGGAGCCUCGAUGAUGCGAGAAGAGAAUUUCUCGCUAUGCGUUGGAGGAAUGAGGUAUCGUGGAAUGCCAUGAUCACUGGCUAUUCCCAACAUGGAUGCGGCACCGAAGCAAUUGAAUUGUUUGAAGAAAUGAUUAAACUAGAUGUGCAGCCGAAUAGUGUCACCUUUAUUGGUGUUUUAUCAGCUUGUAGCCAUGUUGGCCUGGUGGAUGAAGGGCUCAGCUAUUUCAAAUCUAUGACGGAAAAACAUGGUUUGGUGCCAAAACCAGAACACUAUGCUUGUGUAGUAGAUAUUUUAGGACGAGCAGGUUAUUUGUCCCGGGCAAGAGAAUUUGUGGAGUCUAUGCCAAUUGAACCAGACGCAAUGGUGUGGAGAACCCUUCUAAGUGCUUGCACUGUACACAAAAACACAGAAAUAGGGGAAUUGGCUGCCAACAAUCUCCUUCAGCUAGAGCCUAAUGAUUCAGCUACCUAUGUUCUGUUCUCCAAUAUGUAUGCAGCUUCCCGAAAAUGGGAAUAUCGCAAUCAUGCAAGGAAACUGAUGAAAGAUAGAGGUGUUAAAAAGGAGCCUGGUCGAAGCUGGAUUGAAAUUAAGAACUUGUUUCAUGCCUUUUUUGCAGGUGAUCGAGUUCAUCCUCUUUCGAAUCAGAUAUAUGAGUAUCUUCAGGAUCUAAAUGUUAGGGUGACUGCAGCUGGUUACGUACAGGACCGUCAUAGCAUUUGGAACGAUUUUGAGCUGGAGCAGAAAGAUCCAGAUGCCCUCGUUCACAGCGAAAAGUUGGCUAUUGCAUUUGGAUUGAUGAACUUGUCUGAUUCAAUCCCCUUGCACGUAAUGAAGAAUCUUCGAGUCUGUAACGAUUGCCAUAAUUGGAUUAAAUAUGUUUCCAAGGUUGCUAACCGGACAAUUGUAGUAAGGGAUACAUACAGGUUCCAUCAUUUCAAAGAGGGUAGAUGUUCAUGCAAAGACUACUGGUAGCAUGUCACCCCACUCCGGCAUUCAAUAUGUGAAUUAGGCUGAAGGUUAUGGCUUCUCUCUGUUUAGAAUCAAGUGUAUAUAGGAUAUAUAGGAAACACUAUCAAAUGCCAUAAAAUGUGAGUAAAGUUUUGUAGAAAUAACUUCGUUGCUCUUUCUCUAACUUACAGCAAAAAUUGCUAUAGAUUCACCAACAUAACCUCAGUCAAAUCCUUUCUUGGAGAGGCUCCAAUGAAUCAACAACAUCUCGCAUUGACGGCCAUUCUUUUGGUUCAAGAUUCAAGCAAUCUUGUGCCAACAUGGCAACCUUGUAAACAUCUUUCGAGGGAUAAUCUCAUUCUAAUCCUGGAUCUACAGUGCUGAGCAACUUUUUAUUUGCUUGAAUGAAAGGCAUUGCCCCCCGACUAAAAUGUCCAAAUGGUCCCUUAUAUUUGGGCCUAUUUGAAUUUACGUCCUUAACAUUAAAAUUUCAAUAUCGUAAUCCCAAACAUUAUGUUUUCACACUUUUCUGGUCCCAUUUCACUGUUUCC